AAAGUGGAUUACAUGCACUGGAAGACAAAGAAGUACACUCAAAUUCUGUUGUUGAAAAUCCUUGUGACAAAGAAAUUGAAAGUGAUGAUGAAGUAGAACCGAGUCAGUCUUGUCUUUCUGAGGCACAAGAUAAAACAUCUUUUGCAACAUUCCGAUUAGCCUCUUCUGCCAAUUCUCAGAAUACCCAACCAUCUGAAGAAGAAAAGCUGUCAAAAGUAGAAGAAAUUAGUGAAUCUCAUACCAUAAAAGACCCUGAACCUGCAGCUACUGAAACAGAAGAUAGUUCAUGCGUUGAUUUAUCUGCAAAUAUUCCUGAUGAGCCCACUAAAACUUCUGAUGUUCUUGGGGGAAAUGAUAACAAAAACAAAGAUGCUGAUCAAACUUCACAUGAUCAUAAAGUCAGUGAAGACUCUUUUGUUGCUGGAAAAAACAAAGAAGGAAGCAAUGAAGAAUCAAAAGUUGAAAAUCAUGUUGAAUCAAAUGUUGAAAUUCAAACUAAAUCCGAUGAUGAGAUGAAAUCCGGGGUUGAACUUGAAUCUGCAUCUAAGGAAGAAAAUGCAAUAGUUUCCCAGUUGUUUGUAAAAAUAUCCACUUCUUCAGUAAAUGAAGCACAAAUUAAAGAAUACAAAUCUGAGAUUUCCAAAUCAUUAGAUGAAGAAGGUGUUACUGAAAGUCAUAAAGAAAGUAAAGAGAGUGAACCUCCAUCAAGUAAUGCUGGAACUCCUACAAGAUUUCUCUUGCCGAAGAAACCUCCUCAGAAAGGUUCUUUAUCAUCACGCAAACAAAAGGAUGAGGAAAAGAAGCAUAUUCAAGAUAUUUCUUCUGAAAAGCAAGGAAGAUUAAUUGGAACUUUCAAAGAUAAUGCUUCAUUUGAAAAAAUAUUUCAUUCUUUUGGAAUUGUUUUAGACCAUGAGUGCUUCGAAACAGUACUUUCGUUGAAACCAAAUGAAGAGACAAAAAUUACAAAAAUAUCAAGGUUUUCUGUAAGGGAUAACAAAGUAUUUUUGGAAGAAUGUUUAGAGGUGGAGUACCCUCAUGAACAGCAGCGACAUCUGAUUGCAAUAUCUCCUCAAUCCAGUAGCUCAACAACAACUUCUUCAACAUUUUCCACAAAAAUGUCUCUUCAUUCAGGAGAAAUAGGUGAUGUUAGCUCAUCUUCAUCUUCAAAGUCAGCAAACUCAUCUGGAAUACAAAUGGAUACCACAUCACACUCAAGUCAUAUUUUUUCUUCACAAGAAACAAAUGUAGAGACUUUUCAAAAAACUUCUACCCAAAAUUCUGCCAAUGUGAACAGUUUUUCUGGCAUUGUAAGACGUGGCAAAGGUGAUGAUAAAACAUCUGAUGCAAGUAAAAUGGAUUUUGAACUUUGCUCUAUCAAAAUUCCUGUAUCUCCUAUAAAAGGAAGUGUACACGAACCAACUGCUGAAGCUCCUGCUCCUGCUUCUUCAAAAUGUAAAAAAGGAGAAAAAAAGAAUGUAAAGGUGGAAGUUACUGGUACCAAGUGCAAAAGAAUGAAGCCAGUAAAAAGAAAAAGGGGAAAUAUUCCAAAUGAUUUAGAAUUCAAAGAAUCAGAUUCAAAUGAGGAAAGCACAACAAAGAAGUUACCAAGGAGAAAAAAGUCUAAAACUGUAGAACCUGUCACAAAACUACAGCCUGCUAAAGAAAGUUCUGAUGUUGAAGAAAUUCAGAUUGCUGAAGAUGGUGGGGGUGCUUAUGAAGAAUCCCAUUUUGGAAAUAUUAUACCAGGUGUGAGGGUUAUGGCACGGUGGAAAGAUGGAUAUUACUAUCCUGGAACAGUUAAGAGUCAAGAAUUAGAAGGCAGAUGGGCAGUUCUCUUUGAUGAUGGUGACCUACGAACCAUUCCUCAGGAAAAUUUAAUUAAACUUGCCAUGUUGCAGCUUGGAACCUCUGUACUUGUUCUAUCAGCUGAUGGAUUUUAUGAUCCUGGAAAAGUAUGUGGACAUUUUAGGGAAGGCAACAAAGUUGGCUAUGAGGUUGAGCUUGACAAUGGAGUAACUAAAAGGUAUCCAAGAACAUCUGUCAUUUUGUCCACAGAGCAGGCUAAGCAUAUAAUUAGUUCACGUCCACCUACUACUCCAGCAACUAUGACUAUAAAUCUUGAUAAUAUAAUAGAUGGUAAAAGGAAAAGAAAGUCAGUACAGUCUCCUCAGUCUAGCCCAGUAUUAAAGAAAUCUCCAAGAAUCUCACACAGAAAUUUAAAACCAGAUUCCAAUUUAGACAGCACAUCAGAAUCCCAUGUUGAAUUAAGUGGUUCGAAGACUUCUGAUGCAGUAGCAGACGUUGAAGAACCUUCUAAAAAAAGAGCUGUUAGAACUAGGAGAGCAGCAAAAGCAAGUGCUGUGAAAACAACUAAAGCUAUUGUACAGAGAAGUAAAAAAGUUGCAAAAUUAUUUAAAGAUUAUGCUUUUCUGUUGACAAAUGCUGAACGAAAAAAUAUACCCAAGCCUGUCUCAAAUGAAUCUGAAUGCAGUGCAGAAGAGUAUGAUAUUAUACCAUUUGAUAAAGAUGAACUGUGUCAGUAUAUAGUAUCUGGAGGCGGUUUAAUACUUGACAGAUUUGAUGAUAUUCAGACGUGUACAAAGAAAAAUAUCUUUUUAUUAGCAAAUUCAUAUCUCAGAACAAUGAAAUAUAUUCAGUGCAUAGCUGCUGGCAUUCAUUGUAUCAAGCAUCAUUGGGUACAAAAUUGCAUUUUUAAAGGUGAAAUUAUGCCUGUGCAAAGUUAUUACCUUCCUGCUGGAUAUUCUUUGGUAACACAGAAAAUAGUUGAAUGGCAUGGGAAAAAAGAUGUGCUCAAAGGCUUGAAGAUAGCCCUUGUUUCAGCCCCAGAAAGUCCAUUUGUAUACACUUGGGCUCCAGUGUUAUUAGCUUCAAAAGCUGAUUUUGUUCAGAAAUGGUCUCUUCCUUCAUCUGCCAAACCAGGUUGUUCUGUUUAUGUGGAUGUUCUCAUCACUAAUGGCCAGUGUCCUCCAGAAAUUUUACAGUCUGCUAAGAGGAGAAAGAUACCGAUUGUAUCUAGUGAAUGGAUCAUACAGUCUUUGAUUUCUGGGAAGUGUUUACCAUUUGAUGCUCAUCCAAAAUUCAAACAUGACUUCUCUGAAUGAUUAUCAUUUUGUAUGUGUCAGACAAAAGUUUUUCAUCUAUACAUUUAUUUCAUUCAUGAGAACCUUGUAUAUUUGAAGGAGAAAAUGUGCUUCUUGUUAUCAAAAAGGAGCCAAAUUGUACAGUUUGUAAAAACCCAUAUGGUCAUUUUCUUUGUGAGAAAAAUCAUUUGUACAAGAAAGUGGUGUAUUUUAUGUUUGUACAGUUGUUGUCUGCCCUUGUGUACAUUGUAUUUGACUUUUACAUUGUUAUGAAAAGAAAUAGGGGGCCAAAAGUACUUUGAAUUACAUAAAUUUUAUUCAAAUUAAAUCAUGUGUUUUCUUUCUCACAUUAAUUAAAGGGGAAAGCAGAUUUCAAAAUAACUUUUUAGAUGCAGUGUGCUAUGUUAUAUAUAAAAUUUCAUUCAAUAAGACAUGGUUAUUCAAGUUUUUAAAAUCACAAAAAUUUUUAAAAAUUUGAUUGAUUAUUCAUUUUAAAACUAUAAUUUAAAUGUUUGUAUGUCUUAUGUUUUACUCAUUGUUUGAAUUUAUUGUGAUGAAUUAUAAAAUUAAUUUUAUUUUUUGAUGGUUUAAUAAAAUUGUAAUCUUAUUAACAGUUAUACAAAAUAUUAACUGAUGUAUAUUUAUAGUGAAAAAUUAUUUAGGCUUUAUUAUAAUUAAAAGAUUUUAGAUAUAAAUUUUAACAUUGAAUGCUUGGCAAAUUUAGUCUAAAAGUCUUAAAAUAUUAUUUUAUGGUAAUUUCCUUAACUAUGAUUUUAUACAUUGUACCAGUUCUAUUGUGAUAUGGAGAUGACUUUUGUGUAUGUAUAAGUUUGCUUGUUUUAAAAGUCUUUAACAAUUUUUAUAAAAGUGUUUAUAUUCAAAAGUAAUGAGUGUAAUGGAAUUAUGGUUUGCAUAAAAAUAAAUUGCAAGGAGGGAUUUGGCAUGUUGGGAAUAAAUAUUAAUUCAGGUUUUAGCCAAUACAUAAUGUUCAUCCAUGUUGUUGGUAGCUAUUAUGAUCACAAUUGUAUUAAAAGUUUAUUCACAUGUUAUUUGAUAACAAAAAGGUUAUUAUACAGUACAUUUGUCUGCAGAAGAAGCUGUUUAAUACAAAUUUAUUAGGUAUUUCUGAGCUAUAAGAGGUAGCGGAAAGUUUCUCAGGCUUUGAUUUUAUUUUUGUACUUUCUAAUUAUCCUUACCCUUCUGAAGAAUAUUCGUGAAGCAGUGUGCUAUGUCCUCAAAAUGGGCAACCCAUGGCAUCAGCAAAAUGCUUUUAUGGGGCAAACUAAACCAUGUGUGCACACAGCAUAUUUACACUUUCAGAUCUGACAGUCAUUAGUGUUUGUUGUAUUAAUGCAUUUUUUCCCCUGUGUAAGCAAUUGUGAUGGGAUUUUUGUAGUUUCUUGGCUAAUGAAAAAGAAAGCAUUUUAUUACUUCAGUAAUAGAACAUUUUAUCCAAUAGUAUAGAACAGAAAGAUUCACAUUCUGUGAAUGAUUGAAUUUUAUGGAUCAAAAAUCUGUGCAAUUCUCUGAUUUUUUUUUAAAGCUAAAACUGAUACCUGUGUACAUUAGAAGAACCACAUAAAAAAAUUAUGGAGGCCGUUUCUUAAUUGAAUUUUGUUAAUUGGUUGCUGUUUCAUGUAAUUCUUAGUGCGCUAGCAUUUUUGAAAAUGGCUGUUGUCUUUCUAUAUUAGCUUUGGGAAACUGGGGGGGGGGGAAGCGGAUAAUCUGGAAGUACCUUUAUUUUUUAAAUUAUAAAAAUUGUUACUGUCAUGUUACUUGAAAGAAACAACCUUGUCAAAAUAUCCAUUGUUAUUUUGUAAUUAUUUAAGAAUUAAUUCAAUCCUCUUAAUUAUUUUCUUCUUGUUAGUUUAUUAUUCUUAUUUCUAUCCUUAUAAAAUCUGUAGUGUACCUAACACACAAGUGGUAGGUACACUACAACUUGAGGGUACAAAGACAAAGCAGCAGAUUUUUUUUUUUUUUUUUUUUUCUUUCAGAAGUAUCAGAUAUAUUUGCUGCUGAAUUUUUUUAAAACCGACUUUUGAAUAUAUCUUCUUGCAGCAGCUCAUUGGCAAGCUGUAUAAGUUACACAGAAAAUGCAGUUAAAAUAGGAUUUCUAAUAGGAUCUUUUUUAAGUUAAUAGCUUGCCUUUAAAAUAGUACAUCAUCAUUUAGAAUUCAGAAGGAAAAUUACCUUACCAGUCAAUAUUCAGUCAUUGUCUACAUUGACUUUCAGUUACACCCAAUUUUAAUGCAUUUGUUAAUAAGACAUUAUCAGAAAAGAGAGACUGAUGAUUUAUUAAGUUCUAGAGUUUAUUUUUUUAAUGUUGCGAAAUACAUUAGAAUGUGUUUCCCUUCAAGUUAUAAUUAUUUACCUCAUCUUUGUUAGAUAGUUUAAGGUCCUGUGAAAAUUCUUUAGUUUCAGUUGCCAUCUGACCUCUUAAAAAAAUUCAUUUGGUAGAAAACAAAUAUACAAGAUUAUUUUUUCAAAGUUUUCUAAAAUGAGCAUUUUGUAUGUAAAGAGCAAUUCAUUUUGUGAAUUGGUGCACAAUUUGUGGAGUUGUAGCUAGCAAGAUAUUUAUCCCAUGUUGAUGAACCAAGCAGAAAAUGCAGUUUUGUAUUUCUAUUGAUAAAAAAGACUUUUGAUGUACUUUAUUUUUGCUGAUCAUCUGAUAGCAAGGAGAAGAAUCAACUGUUAGGAAUCCUUUCUGUCCUUUUUAAUGGUGUAGUGCCAUAUAUUGGUAAAAAUUUGCAAAUAUUUACAUCCUGCCCAAAAAAGCAAUUCUCUUUGUAAUUCAUUUUGAUGCAAGCCCAUUAAUUAGUUCACCUUUUACAAAUUUUUAAAAUCUGUGUGUAUGUUUAGACCAUCUUAUAUAUAAUGCAUAGUUUUAAAAUGUGUGGGUAUGUGCACUGAAACCAGAUUAAUUGUUCUGAUUAAUAUAUAAAUAUUAACGUAAUGACUUACACAUGUCAUGGGUUUAAAAGCAAUUUCAUGAAUGCCUUAUCAGCACUAGAUUAUCUGUCUAAUAUAAGCAUAAAAUAUGUAUGACGAGAUAAAAGGAAUGUAAACAAAUAUGUAGCAGAUGUCAUCUUUAAGAAUAUGGAACUGCACUUUGUAUUCUUAAUACUAAUUCAUCAGUUUUUAUCAGUGGAUGUAGAGACCUAAGAUGUAUUGCCUAGCAACAUCUUAUGUGUGUCCUUUUACACCACUUCAAAGGAGAGCAGAAUAUAUUGUGUGAGUCUACUGACAACUUCAGAGGUUUUAUUCAUUGUAAGUUCUGCAUAGGAACAUAUUUGAUUCAUAUUUUUUCCCUCCCUGCUGAUACAGAAAAUAUUCUGUGUGUGUGUGUAUAUAUAUAUAUGUAUUAAUCCAUGCUUAAUAAGUAUAAUAGGCUGUUUCUUUUCUUAUUAAAAAAUACAGUGUUUAUCGAAUAAAAGGUUUUUAAUGUGUGUAAAGUCAAACCCAUAUAAAAUGAUUCCAAUGUAAAUAUUUUCAUUUUUUCUGUUUGGAGCAUUUAUUUCAUUUGCAGCUUAUUUCUUUCAUAAGGUCAAUAUUCAAUUUUGUUGUAAAACAAUUAUAUGCUACUUUCUUUUUAAAUUUUUCACUGUUCAAGGCAACAUUGAGGUUAGCAAAGUCUGCUGUCUACCUUGCUAAUGAACUGAAAUUCAAACCUUUGAUAAUAGAAACCCUUGAUGGACAUCUGCGACUUUAGUAUUAUUGUAAAAUCAGAUAUUUAACACAAUCAUUUAAAAAUUCUCUCUAAAGGUUAAUAUUUGAGAAAGAUCAUUUGAUUCCUAAGGUGCUCCUAGUCAGAAUUGAGAUGAGGCUUAAGCAAAUAACCCUUCGUUGAAUAUGAAUAAUGCAUUCCAAAAGUUGCUUUUUAUAAUGUUAUGUAGUAUAGCUUUUCCUAUUACCUUAAUAUUGCUUUUGUUGUUAAUUGGAGAAUUUGUGUUUCUUUUGGAGAGGAACAUAAUUAAUAUUUUUUAUUCCCAACAGAAUCAUGUGCCAUUUUAAUCAACACUAUGUUCUCUUAAAUCUAAUGCAUUUGCUGCCAAAGUUGAUUACAUCCAUUUGUUCACACAUGCUAGAUCUGCAUUUUUAUGCUUUUAAAUUAUUAUUUUUUUUUAAUAUAGAUGUAACAGAUUACUUUUAGAAGUUAUUAAACUCACAUGAGUAUAUUUAUUAGCUUAUGAAAUAAUAUUUUUGGACCUCGUAACAACUAUGAGAUAACUCAGAUUGAAUGAAACAAUACUCACCGUUUCUGAACAUUUGCACAAAACUCCUCGUGUGCGAUACGUUAUUUUCUAUUAGUCUUAUACAAGUCCCUGAACAAAAAUUUAAGUAGUCGGAAGUGAAUAUCCCCCCCCCAAAAAUAAUUUUGCAUUCUAAACCUAUAGUUAUAGUUUUGAGAAAUAAAUGACUUGCUAACUGCAUUUUGAGAAAUAAAUAAAUUAUUUCAGUAUGU